AUCUCUACCCGAGUGUACAGAUUUACACAUCUUAAAGGCUUAGACCUUCAAAUUUCGACCCGUGUCAUAGCGGUGCAGCACAAGACAAGUAGUCCUCAGUACUGAAGCGUCAACCUAAGAGAGCGCUCAGUGUAUUCCAACGUGCUUUCUUGGCUUUCCUAUCGUCAUGUUACAGAUGCAAGGACCUGGUUUAAGUCUCCCUCCACUAGUGUCCUGUUAUGAUGACCAAAGCUGCAUGACAAGCAGCACCCCGUCACGUCCGCAGUACUGCUCACCCAACCCGCAAAACAACUACCACUCGGGCCGUGUUCUUCAAGAAAUGAUGUACCAGAAUGAAGUGAAUUUUCCGGGAUUUAUUACGGAUCACCGCGGAAGCCAAGGUCUUCAAUCUAGCUGGUCCUCUCCUUGGGGUCCUCGACAAAACGUGCCGUACCUAGCGCAUCCCCAUCCAGGCGAUCCUUAUCAGUACGCCACAUAUGGAGGCGAGAUGGGUGACUUCCAAGACGACGGUGGUGCAUACCCUCAGAAACGUAAAAGAGCACGAACUGCCUUCUCCGCAGAUCAGCUCAAGAAACUCGAAAAAAGAUUCCUGGCGAAUCACUACAUCGUUGGAGAAGAACGACAAAAAGUAGCCAAAGACCUCGACUUGUCCGAGGCGCAAGUGAAAGUGUGGUUUCAGAAUCGGAGAACGAAGUUCAAGCGUGACCAGGAGCUUGAAAGACUAGGAAAGAAAAAGAAACGAAAAGGUGAACAUCACAUCCGAAAAUGGCAAAUCACUACGAAACAUUUUUAUCCAGAACUAGAUAACGAAGAGCGACUCAAUAUCCAACUGUAAUCAUUAGCAACUAUUUGUUAAGACACACUUCAGAGAUAAGGCCUUCGUUAAAGUCGCACAACCGACGAUCUCGUCGGGAGAAAAAUGAAGUCUUGUACAGCGUUUGCUAUCGUUGAAGACACUUAAUGUACAUUUAGAUUCGGGGGAUUAGCUUUGUGUAGAAAAAGGAAUGGAGUUUUUUAGCGAGCUUAAAUAUAUUUAAUUGUCUGUCGUUUAACUCGUCUUGGAUGUGGAGCCGAGUCAAAUCUCGUUCCGUCAAGUAGGUCAGGUAAUCUCGAAGGAAAUAGUCUGUCGAUUAACUUCUUCUCAGGCGCUGCGGGUUUAACGUCUUUUUUAAUGACCAAGACAAAAUGAUAAUGYUUUCAUGAAGUGUCGCAAUCUAUUGCCGAUUUAACGAUCGCUUUCGAGAAAGAUUAAAGGAUAUUUUGCGAUGGAAAAAUAAGCGAUAUCGAGCACCAGGCUUUCGGAAAUUGCGCGUGCUUUAAUCUAAAUACCGGGUCACUACAGACGUAUUUGAAAUCACAUAUCGGUAAUAACUUGCGCYCUUUAUCGAAGCAAAACAGAUUGAUAAUUCUAACGUAACCCAGAGGAAAUAAAAAAGCUGGAAUGCUUAAAAUCGAGCGGCUUUUCCAUCAAAAAACAUUUAAGUAACGUGCUUACGGAUUUCAAAAGGUUAUUAAUUUAAGCGUCAUUGGGCGUGCCGGAACGCAAUUUCCUGAAGACACUUUWCUUCGCAUCGAAGAACGUGUCGAAAUUUCGUUCCAUUUCAAUCUUCAAUCUUCACGAAAAAUUUUUUAUACGUAGGAAAUAAAGGGCUGAAAGAAUGAAAGACUGGGUAAACCUUUUAAAAUGACUUAAGAAACGUGUAGUAGUUUUUCGUUUCUUCAACUGGCUACUUUUACCUUCAACUUUAACAAAACCCUGAAACAACCUCUAGGCUGAUCAAACGGUCUCGGCACGGCUAACUCACAGAUCAAACCCUGAAAAAGCCUCUGGGCUUAUCUAAGUCAAGGCAUGGCUAACUCGCAGAUCUAAUUUAGCGUGUUUGGUUUGCGGAGGGAGGAAAACUGGAGAACCCAGAGAAAAACCCUCGAAAAUCCCUAUCAACCGCGUGCGACUGCAACAAUGUUCAACGUCUUGCAGCGCAAAACUAUAUUCAUAAACAAGUACUUUAAAACUAUGUAAUGUAAAAAGUGUACAUCUAUCUCAUAGCAAAGAUCUAAAAUAAACAGUCGUUUUUUUCAA